UGCUCGGAUUCCAAACAGAAAGCGCUUCAUGUCAUAAGUGGAUGUGGUUUUUCAUCAGUCGGCUGUGUUUGGAGGUGUAAUGAGUGUGUCAUUCUGAGUCAGGGCUAAGCGGGAUGGAUGAGUCAGUGUAACACUUGUUAGUGACCCAGUAUGUAUGACAGGACAGUGAGUUUGAGGACUGCAGAGUGAGAGUGUGUCUGUGUUUACUCCCAGAGAGCCAUGCUUUCAUUCUGCUUCAGUUCAGUUUGGUUGGGCUUCAUUUAACUGGAUGAUAUUGGGUUUUUGAACAGUUUUGAUGUUGUCAUUGUGUCAGAAGAGUUAGGUCAGCUUUCAAUAACUUUUGUGAAUGAGUAAGACUUCCUCGCGUUAACAGAAUUGGAAACCGUUGAUUGGCCGAGGGGCUUUGCUGCCCUGCGAGAAAACUUCCUGUUUCCUCCGAGUGGACUUUGUGUUUCAUUGGGAAGGCACGCCAAAGGAUGCAAGUGUAAUCCAGGAAAAAACACAUCCUAUUGUUUCUUAGGAACGCACGCGGAUCCGUAGCCCGCGCUUCUCAACGGCAUUACGAAGAAACGUUCUGCACAGUGAAGACGUAAGUUUCUGACUUGGUGCCACCAUGAGUGGGGGAGUGAAUGUGAAGAGUCUUCCACGAGCCCAGCCGGGCUCCGGCAUCCCUCUCCACAGGACCAGACUCCCCUCCCCGAAACCUGAGCCCAAAAGCACCAGUAGUGGCCUUCCAAGACCUUCCACACACCUGCCCACUAGCAACAGAACCUCAUGUAACACCAGCCCUACAGCUGUUUCCUCCAGAGAUGUGCUGAGGGACACCACCCUUAGAAACCAGCAUCUGUUACUAAGAGGCAGUCCACCUAGUCAACGUUCUUUCACACAGACCCAAGACUCUAGAUCAGCCCACAGCAGUCCACAAGUUCGACGGAAAGAGUCCCCACUUUCGAGGGGAACUCUGGAUGGGUCCAAGACUGAGAGUUUGCUUGACCUUCGACCCAAUGGCAACAAGAACUUCCAGAGUGGAAUCUUUCGUUCUCAGGUUGGACGAAUGGACAAUGAUAAUAGUUUGAUCUCAGAAGAACUUAAAUGCCACGAAGAGAGCGUUGCUUCUGGAAGCAGUCAAAGCAAGACGGGAAUCCCUUCGUUUAGAUUUAGUAACAAAAACUUGAGGCCUGGUCCAGCAGCCACUAAUGUAGAUACGGGUCUCCACAGAGUCCGUCGAGAGAGAGUGUCCCUGCAGAAUAGUGCCUCCAGUAGUUUUUCAGAUGAAGAGAUGUGCACCCCAGAUGACCUCAGCCCAGAGGUUCCACAGAAACCACCCCCCGAAACUACUGCAGUCUUGAAACAGGAAACCUCUAGUGUUGAGAUGCUUAAAGCCAAACAGUCACCGAAAGUUAACAUGGCUGCUGUGGCACCUUUCAGAUACAGACUGCAGAUACAGGAAGACGUAUCUCUGGAUGACUUCAGUGACUGUUCCUCUGACUCAAUAGAAGUCUGCUGUGAUGACCUUAAUACUGGAGGAAUGCUUGGGGGUAGCCCAAGAGGACAAGGAGUAGAUCUGGAGACUGAAGCUGACAAAACCUCCAAAGCCAAGACCCCUCAGGGCCAGGCGGGAGCCAACGGAGUUGGGGGCAUGGCUGCGAAAAGGGGCAAGUCAGGGCUCCCACAGGCUACUCCUCGGGCUGAGCUAAAGGUCUACAGAGCGGGAAACUCUGAGGGUCGUCUUCCAGUGCCUAGUAACCUGCGCAAGCAAAAGUCCUUGACCAACCUAUGUGUGCUCACGGACGCUGAGAAGAAGAUGCAUCUGUACCAGCCCAAGUGGUCGGACGACAUGGAAAAGCCGGGGGCAGGUCAGAACAAGUCCGGCAAGCUCAAAGACGCCGGAGGGGGUACUGGCAAGGGUAUCCCUCUUUCCAAGAACCUUUCCAAGUCGGAGCAUUCGCUGUUUCAGGGAAAGCCAAAACCCUUUAGCCCACCUUCCAAACUGGGCAAACCCAGUCGGAUACCAAAGGGUCCUUAUGCUGAGGUCAAACCUAUCAGCAAGGGUCAAGAGCUGGUAGAUGACAGCAAGUCAGAUGAUGAGAUCUUGUCCAGCAAGGCUAAAACUAAUGGUAAGAAAACUAUAAGUGGCACCUCAGGAGCUGCUACCCCAGGCGGGGGCGGAGGAGGCAAAGAUGCACCAGAAGCAGAGGAAGGGGACAAGACCUUUCUAAAGGUGGACCCUGAACUGGUUGUAACCGUACUUGGGGACCUGGAGCAGCUUCUCUUCAGUCAAAUGUUGGAUCCCGAAUCCCAGAGGAAACGCACCGUUCAGAAUGUCCUCGACCUCCGGCAGAACCUGGAAGAUACCAUGUCCAGCUUACGGGGGUCGCAGCUCAGCCACAGCUGUAUUGAGAGCAGCAUGUGUUACGACAGUGAUGAGACUAACGCCCGCAGCAUCUCUAGCUUGUCCAACCGUUCCUCCCCUCUCUCCUGGCGCCAAGGGCAGUCCAGCCCUCGGCUGCAGGCUGGAGACGCCCCCUCCUCCGGGGUCACCGCUCACUCGCUGCCCAUCCGAGCGUCAACGCAGAUCAGCCACCUGCAGCGCAUCCAGCUCAUCGAGGGCCUGGACGCCGCAGACGAUGACCUUGCCGACCUCAAGUCUGGUUACCUCAGCGACAGCAACCUGACGGGCAAGAGCCAACCAGAAGAUGAUGAUGACGAUGAUGAUGACGUUGAUGUAGAAGUAGAUGUCGAUGAUGAUGAUCUAGCCAAUGGUUGGGAUGAAAGCAGCUCCAUCAGCAGCGGUUUGAGUGACGGUUCGGACAACCUCAGCUCAGAGGAGUUCAACGCAGGCUCCUCCCUCAACUCCCUGCCAACAACUCCCAUUGGCUCCCGACGAAACUCUGCCAUUGUGCUGCGCACUGAUGCUGAGAAGCGCUCGCUGGUUGAAAGUGGCCUUUCCUGGUACAGCGAGGAGGGGAAGGCACAAUGCCGGAACGAGGGAGGAUAUGACACGGGCAGCCUUAAGGCAGAGUCAUCCAGUAAAUGGAAAAAAAGCAGAUCGCAGGAUGACACGGGAGUCAAGGGUGAGCUGAGAAAACCACAGACGCUUGGUCAUCCGCCCAGCGGACUGAAGAAGAGCCGUAACCCUCCCGUAGGCGUGACCUCCCCCAUCACGCACACCUCACAGAGCAUGCUCAAAGUGCCAGGAGUUCCAAAGAACGAUCAGCGAGUGGUGGAUAAAGCCAAAAUGGCAGUGAAAUCAUCAGGCUUACAGCGCUCCAGUUCGGAUGCUGGAAAAGAUCGUGGUGAGCACCGAAAACCCCCCUCCGGACUUGUCCGUCCCUCUGCUGGCACAGUAAAUUCCUUUGGUUACAAGAAAAACGUUCCAACUACCGGCACUGCAACUGUGCUAACAACUAGUGGAAACACCGUCUCUGGAGACUCUGCGAUUGUGAACAAAACUCCUAAAACCUCUGGUAUCCCAGUGAAACCCUCUGCAGGUGGAGUAGGUGGAGGACGAAAGACCAGUCUUGAUGUAUCAAACUGUGAUCAAGGUUUUAUGGCUCCAAACGCACGCAACAACAUCCAGUAUCGUAGUCUCCCGAGACCUGCUAAGUCCAGCACCUUAAGUCUGACAGGAGGGCGGCCAGGUGUUCGUCCCGUCAGCAGCAACAUGGACGCUGGUCUGCAGGGCCUAAAAACAGUCCCCGCCCCUUCCCGAUUAAAGGAACCAGGCAGUGUGAAGAGCUCCCAUCGGGCCAGUACGGGAGGGUGCGGUCCUGUUAACCAGACAGACCGUGAGAAGGAGAAGGCCAAAGCCAAAGCAGUGGCGUCCGAUUCAGAGUGCGGCGGAAGCGGCCCACUGAAGAACGGCACAUUGACACCAACACAGAGUGCGCUGGAGCCUCCUUCCAAACUACUGGGGCUUCGGCAGCCAUCCAGCUUGGGGAAAUAUUCAGAGCUGCCCUCUCCCAACUCUCAGAGGCCCUCCAGUGCCAGAUCUCUGCCCAAACCUGCUCAUCUGGACAAGGUCAGUUCCAACAGCCUUGACUGUGGGAUAGUCGACGUGGAAGAGCAGCUUCCUCCCAAAGUGCCGCCCUUCUCCAAAUUACAAGAUCUGUCAGGAAUUAGCAGCACAAGCUGUCUGACGCCCAGUCCUGCUCCCAUCCUCAACGUUAACUCCUCGGAGUGUUUCUCCAGUGCAACCGUGGGCCGAGGGGGCAGUGCUAGCGGUUCUCCCUCGCUCUACCCCCGCCUCUCUGGGCUGCACCGUAGCAUGGAGUCCUUGUCUCUGCAGAUGAGCGUGUCUCCAGCAGGGGGCAGCAUGACGGAGCCCAGGCCCAGACAUGAGGACAGAGGGACAGAUGGUGGCUGGUCAACCGGAAGUAGAGUCUCACUCACGCUCACGACAGACAGCUCACAAAGGGACAGAAAUACUCUUCCAAAGAAAGGCUUAAGUCAGCACAUCUCCUCGCAGGCUGAGGAGGACAGCAAAGAGAGACGUCACUCGCACACCAUAGUGAGCCUGACUGAGACCAGCAGUCCGCCGCAGUUCCCUUCACCCAUACUGACAGGAAAAACACCACUGACGAGCAUCAUGGCACCCAGCCCCACCUCAGGAACACCAAGAAUGACCAGAUCCAACAGCAUCCCCACUCACGAGGCCAGUUUUGAGCUGUAUCAGGCCUCUCCGCUGGGCAGCACCCUAUCGCUCGCCGAGCGGCCCAAGAGCAUGAUCCGAUCCGGCUCCUUCAGAGACAGAGACGCCGGCGAUGACGUUCAUGGCUCAGUGCUCUCACUGGUGUCUAAUGCCUCCUCCAGCUACUCUUCGGCGGAGGAGAGAAUGCAAGGCGAGCAAAUCCGUAAGCUUAGAAGAGAGUUGGAGUCUUCACAGGAGAAGGUGGCCAAUCUGACCUCACAGCUGUCUGCUAAUGCAAACCUGGUGGCAGCGUUUGAGCAGAGUCUGGCCCUCAUGACAUCUCGACUCCAGACCCUCUCUUUCAGUGCUGAGCAGAAGGAUACUGAAUUACUGGACCUUAGAGAAACAAUCGAAAACCUGAAGACCAAGAACAUGGAGGCGCAGGCCGUCAUCCAAGUCGCACUCAAUAACCCAGAUGUGGCCCCCAAAGAGUUGCGAAUCAGAAGGCAGAACUCAUCCGAGAGCAUCUCUAGUCUGAACAGCAUUACCAGCCAUUCCAGUGUCGGCAGCUUGAAAGACGACGCCAAGAAGAAGAAGAAAAAGAGCUGGUUACGGAGUUCUUUUGGCAAGGCGUUCAGCAUUAAGAAGGGCGCUAAAGGUGGCUCCAUGUACUCUGAUAUCGAAGAGAUCGCCACUCCAGACUCUUCUGCACCCAACUCACCAAAACUGGGCCAUGAAGAUGGAGAGAACCCGCCCACUUCCCUCCCAUCCAGCCAAUCAGCCACCUCCUCUGUGAUCCUCGAAAGUAACGAGGAAAACGAAAGCGAUGAGAAGAUGGUGUCAGAGCUGCGGUCCGAGCUGUGGGAGAAAGAGAUGAAACUGACAGACAUCCGGCUAGAAGCGCUGAACUCGGCACAUCAGCUGGAGCACCUACGAGAAGCCAUGAACAACAUGCAGAGGAUGGUGGAGAGUCUAAAGGCAGAGAAUGAUCAGCUGAAAACAGGAAGUGCUCCAUCUUCCCUUGUCCUUCCUUGCGGCCCACCUUCAACUUCCACCUCCCAGCCCUCGGGUCUGGCCAGCCUCCUGAACUCCUCCAACCAAACCAAACCACCCAUGAGCCUCACCAAGUCCUUCAGCCUCAGCCUCAAUGAGUGCUCCACCACAGACAUUGCUCCUAUGGAGUUACUGAGCCUGUCCUCUCAAAGGGAUGAGGUCUUUACACGUGUGGUGGUCCGUAUAGCUGACCAGCAAGUGUCCAGAGAGCAGGUGAGGCAGCAGGAUUUCUACAUCGGCUCUGUAAGGAUUCAUGGGAAAACUGAGUGGUCUAUGUUAGAUACAGACAUCUCCACAGCUUUCAGGGACUACAUUUCGCAGGUGGAUCCUGGUGCGAGUAUGGGACUGUCUGUCGACUCUAUCCACAGUUACAGUGUUAAUCAGAGCAGGAGGGUGCUUGGAGCCGAAGCACCGGAAAGUUCACCCUGUGACUGUUUAAAAAAGGGUACUGGACUCGUCACUGUCGCCCUCAAAGGUUUUAAGGAGAAGUGUGUGGACAGUCUGGUAUUUGAGACGCUCAUUCCCAAGCCCAUGAUGCAACACUACAUCAGUCUGCUUCUGAAGCACCGACGGCUGGUCCUGUCGGGCCCCAGCGGCACAGGGAAGACCUAUCUCACCACCAGGCUGGCUGAGUACUUGCUGGAGAGGAGCGGCCGUGAGCCCAGCCCUGGCCUCAUCACCACCUUCAACAUGCACCAACAGACCUGCAAGGACCUCCAGUUGUACCUUUCUAAUCUGGCUAAUCAGAUUGACCGGGACUGUGGCACUGAGGACGUUCCAUUGGUCAUUAUCUUGGAUGAUAUCAGUGACGCGUCUUCCAUCACUGACCUGGUCAAUAGUGCGCUGACCUGCAAAUAUCACAAAUGUCCUUACAUCAUUGGAACCACCAAUCAGUCUGUUAAGAUGUCAUCCAAUCACGGCCUGCAUCUCAGCUUUAGAAUGGUCACCUUCUCCAACAACGUGGAGCCUGCAAAUGGGUUCCUAGUGCGUUACUUGCACAGGAAAUUGAUAGAGACGGAGGAUGACAGCACAGUUCACAGCGUUGAGAUGCUGAGGGUUCUGGACUGGGUGCCUAAACUCUGGUACCAUCUCCAUACCUUCCUGGAGAAACACAGCACCUCAGACUUCCUCAUAGGUCCCUGCUUCUUCCUGUCUUGUCCAGUAUCAUUAGCAGAGUUUCGCACCUGGUUUAUUGACCUCUGGAACCAGUCCAUUAUUCCUUAUCUUCAGGAGGGAGCAAAGGAUGGUGUGAAGGUCCACGGUCAGAAAGCGGCAUGGGAGGAUCCAGUGGAGUGGGUGAGGGAUACGCUGCCAUGGCCUUCAGCUCAACAGGACCAGGCCAAACUCUUUCACCUCCCUCCGCCAACCAUCGGCCCCAACUCUGCUUCGACACAGCAGCCCAGUGACGACAGGGACAUGUCCAACAAGGAGAAGGACAUGUCUCUGUCCACCAUGGAGUCAGAUCCACUGAUGGCGAUGCUGUUGAAACUCCAGGAGUCUGCCAACUACAUUGAAUCGCCUGAACGGGACAUUUCAGGCAACCCCACUUUCUAGCCUGAGCUAAAAGACUCGAAAGCUUAAUAAUGGCUAGUGCUGUUACAAAACACUGUUCUGUACAGCUGAUUUGCACCUCCUUCAAAAGGUUUGUGAGAGUCAAGAAGAUCCACGUCAAGGCAGACGAAACUCUCUGAAAGUCUGAAAGAAACACAAAGGACUGAUCCUGCCCGAUCUGAGCGAGAAUCUUUUUUGCACUGUUGUCUUAACCGGUCCUUCCUUUGCUUAUCUAACCUGCAAGUUGCAUGGCAAUACUUGCAACUGGGGAUUGUGAAGAUUGGAUGAUUGUGAAGAUGAAAUGUUCUUGUCUACCAUACUGGGAACAAAAUGUGGUUCACAUUUGUUCGAUAUUACUUACCUGACCAUAUGGACCAAAAUCUAUUUAUUCUUAUUUGCAAGAGUACCAACACUCCAUCCUCAAGAUCAAGUCGCCUGAACCCUGUACACAAAGGUGCGGUUACAUUUAGACCAACUCGCAUGGAUGCAAAACGUAAUGUACAAGAUGGUGCUUAGAAUUCAGCCUUAAACAAUGUCCCUCCAUAUAUCAUAAAAUCAGUUUCAUAGCAAUCUGAAUAUUACUCUAUAUUACCUCAGUUUGCAAAGUGAUGCAGUUUCAAGGUGCAGUACAUACCCAUAACCAGGUUGCAUUCAUUCCUAUCAAGCAAGCAAACAUGAGACAGAUGUAGACUGUAGAUCUCUCCGAGGAUGCACUUUGAUUCGUAGCUUUCAAUCAAGAGCAUUGACUGGUUGUUCAAGAUUCAAGAUUCAUGGGUUGUUCACUCCAGUAGUGAGUUGCAGCAACAAAACAACCAGAAGGCAUUCAUUUUUAGUGAGGUUUGGGGGCGACAUGAGUGAUAGAGACUGUUGGCAAUGGACAAGGUUGAGUUAAGUUCAACUAUAUGCAAAUGUAACGCAAUAUGGCGUUAACCAAUGGGAGAACAGACAGUGAAGCUCAUGUGAUCUGCCGCCUGAUAUUGUUGGUCAUUUAUUGCCUACAAAAGUUGCUGAAUUAAGACGGCACUUGGAGAUUCAGCAAAGCUGAGCACGACUACAGUCAUGCAGCUGAUAGAGUUGGAAGGCGACCUCAGGCGAUUUAAUCGCUGUCGGUAAUAACAGAGGUGCUGUUACUGGUGUAUGGGAACAGUAUGCAACAUCUUACUUUCAGUAAUUAUUUGUGUGUCCAGUGCAUUUGACCUUAAGGCAUAGGUAUACUCCAGUUUCCACGUUUUGCUCCGUCUCACACCUCGUUGAGCAUUGAAGCCCUUCAAAGUAAACUUUACUGACCGUGAGCAUUAUCUAGUAGGGCUGGGAAAAUAAAUCGAUUGUGAAUCAAGAAAUGAUUCAGCAUCGAUUCAGAGAUUUUCCGAAUGCAUUGUGAUUCUUUCUCAAGUCGAUUCUGAGCUUAGUUUUGAACAGUAGAUGGCACUGCAUGCUUUAGAAACAGCCGUACUCUGCUUGUUUCCAAAUCCUUACACGCACUUAAACUUAAAAUAAUCAUUCAUAAAAUUGGAAAAGACUGAAGCGAAUUACAAGGGUGGGCUGUGUUUCCAUUAAUCUUGUGUCAUAAAAGCAUUCUGAGCCAAGGUGAAAUUACAUGACUUAGCAAACACACAAGCGCUCUUCAGCACUCUUCUUCAUGAGCAUUUGAGUGUGUGGAUAAAAACUAAAUUAGAGCGCCAUCUGCUGUUAAAAUCAAAUUGCCAUGAAUUCGGAAGAUCUCAGAAUCGACCCACGAAUCCUUCAACCACACAUAUCUGGACAUCAGUGAAUGCACAAGUCCAUAGCAUGCAGACACAAAAAUCGUGCUGCACAUGGGACGGGAAUAUGUAACAUGAACUGUGCAAGCCGGAGCAGGACACGGAAUAGGGAAGUAUACUUUCGUCUUUACUUCCAAUACCCAUGGUGCUCAUGGAUCAUCAAGAUAAUAAAAGGCUUUGUUCUCACUGACACCCCAAACCCAGUUCACUUGGCUUUGUGCUGAUGUAGCAACUAAUGUAGGCCCUGUUUUCAUCUGGUAUUAACAUCCCCUUUGACCUCUUGUUGUUUGGGAUAUUCAGUUUAUUUUGGAAUACUUUUGCAAGAGAGCUAAGUGUGUCAUGCUUCUGCACCGGUGGAACCUUUCAUAGCUUCUAGAACUAUUGGCGGAAGUUCCCGCUUUUUGCGUGUUCGCACCGCAGGAACUAGGAACGUAUUUAGUUGUAGGAACUCCAUUUGGGGGAACUAAAUUAGCUCCUACUUCAGAGUAGGGUCUUUAACAGUUCUAUAGGAUCUACCAGUGACGUAAGUGUACACUGAUUGGCCAAACACAUGCAGAACGGCUACCCAGCAUUAUUAAAAUCAAAGUAAAAAUAUCUACUCUACGAAUGUGGAAAAAAGUGAUAAAUAACAGCAUUUAGCUACCCAUGUUGCUCAGCUUAUGAGCGAGCAGAAAUGGAAGCGAAUGAUAAAGAUACAGAUUGUACCUGCAUUCCCGUGUGUUUUAGUACAACACCUCAAAGUUUGAAUGACUUAAUUUGGUGCACUUUCUCUCAGCAUGUCCCAGAACAAUCUAGUGUCAGUUGACUGGGUGCAAAGUUGAGUUUGGAGCACAUCCAGGAUGAAUAAGUAGCCUAUUUAUAUUAUAAAUAUGAUGUGGUCACAUGCAUUUUGACUACCUCUGUAUGUGGUUUUAGUGAUCCGAUCACAAUUUAGAUCCUAUUUCCACCUGUAUUUAGUGCUGGACACUUUUGAUCGGUUCUCUAAAAAUGCAUAUUAAUACAAGGUGGAAACAGGGCCGUAAAUAUACUGGAUAUUGACUCCACUGCCUGAACAAACUAAAGUAAUUUGAGCUCCUGCCAAAUAAGAUUGGGUUUGAAAACAAAUCGGGAUUGUUUGCAGUGUGAACAAAGCCAAACUGGUUUAAACUGUUUGUUAUGUCUGGAGGAGGUUUAAUUAUUUAUGUUUAGCCUUUGUUAUGUCUGGAGGUUCAAAGCAAAAUCACAUCAGUGUUACAAGCACUUAUGUCCUUUGGUCUUCUGUAACAAUGUAGCCAGUUUUGGAAAUAGCAUCGUAGUUGUUUUUUUAUUUCUGACAAUUUCCAGUCACAGGACGACCCCUUAUCAGGGUCUUUUAUAAACUCUCAAAUCAUUCCAGUAACAGUUGUAAUGACAGAAUAUCUUGUGAUUGAACACACACUAAAAAACAACAAUAGUGGAUUGUAACUCAUAAAUGCGUUUGCUAUUGGCUGAUUACAGGUGCUCCAGAACUGUAUGUGCAUGAAAGCUUUAACUCUGAGGAAAAUUAUAGCUAAAAAGGCACCUUAUCAUGAGAUGCCAAAGGAUGUGUUGGCAAGAGCAAAGUGAUCUUAUAUCUAAAUUACCAAAUUAAACCUGAAUUUCUCCAGUACUAACCGGUUAGUACUAGCACUAUAGCAAUGAAACGUGUGCCGAUGUAAUCUCAGAAUGUAAAUUGGAUCAAAACUUCAGUUUGCCAACACACCUUAUGCUCUUGAUGAUGCUUGCUGACCCUUGUGCUUGUGUUUACGUGUCCUGUUACUGUCAGACAUAGCUCUUCAAGUGAAUAACCAGAGGAGUGUUUUUUAAAGGUCUUUUUUGUAUGUUUUUUUUUUACUAAAGGAUCUGAGUCUGACAUUUGUAAAUAGAUUUUCAAAAAAUUGCCAAAAAAUACAAACAAAAAAGGUCUAUGGUAGAAUAAACAGAGCAAGGAUAAAAUAUAACAACUAUAAACUGAAUGUGUCUGGUUAGAUAUACAUUACAGCGAGGAUCGCGGUCAUCUCUCAGUUAUCGCCUUUCCUGUAGAGGCAAGUUAACUGCCACAAAGUAACUAGAUCAUGUUGCCUAUUACAUUUAUCACUAUGAAAGUGUCCUCUGUAUUCUCUUCCGGGUCGUACAAGGUAUUGGCUUUUACGAUCGAGUUGGCCAUAACAACCCAUAAAAAAACUGAGAAGUGGCAGCGGUGCUUCAAAUCACACAAGUACCUCAAAAUCUGUCUUAACAGCUCAUCGUAUGAUCAUAAACUUCCCUUAAUCGCUUAAGGAUAGUUUGGGGCUUUGGGGAAGAUUCCCCGGUGUUUUGUCAUGAAAAUGUGCCUAAUAUAAGCCAACUCGUUGGACAUUGCAAUACCUAAACUAUUAUGUUUUGCAAGGGAUUGUUUGCUGUGGAGGAUAAGAAUGCGAGCGAAAGUGUUAUCCUUUUCUAUGCUAGCUUAUGAAAUAACUUUGAGAUUUGAGCUCGCCGGUAGUCUCGUUUUCUUGGAAACCGAGGCUGCUUUGCCAGCUAGCACAAACUAAAGCCAUUUCCCACUGUCUCUUCUCGUCUCACAGAUAUAUUUGCCAUCGUAGUAUCAUAUCUGCUGUCUUGCAUAUGAACUGUUAUAGUUUAGACAACCUAAAGGAGUGUCUAAGUCUUAAUUAAUUUAUUAUUUUUACUGUUUUGCGACUAACAACGCUGAAUGUUCAAGCAGGCACAAUAAUACAAAACCUGUGCUUUGUAAACAUGUUUUUUUCCACUUGUUUUAGAUUAAACAGAUUUAAUAGUGUUUAAUCAAAACAGAUUCAUGAUUUGUCACUAUGCAGCGUUGAAAUAACAUUGUAGAGCUGAGUUGUUAGUACCAAUGACAGAUAACAAUGGUGUAUGUAAUAAGCUAAUGUGCAGGUUUGAUGGUGUUUUAAUGUUGAUGUGUAUCACCAUUGUUUGUCUGGGAAAAACACAUUGGACCUACUUGUCCCAUUGGGAUUUCAAACAAAAACUGUUUUUUCUUUAUCUUAUUCUUCCUCUUUUUUUCUUGCUUUCUCCUGAAGAAAUCUUUCUAUUUUGUAUAGAACAUUGCAAUUGUAAACAUUGUAAAUAAUAAACUCAUCUGCGACCACAAUCACAGUAAAAUAUGAAAAGAUCCGGCCCUAUGAUGAGACACCUGUUGUUAUUGUUGGUUUUUAUUAUUAUUUUUUGCAAACUGUCUGCUGGAAAGGGGUUAUAAAGGCAUGUGCUGAUCUGAGAGAAUUUCUUCCAUCAAAUAUUCACUCACGUUUCCAAUAAACUCGUGCCAUCCCUA